AUGUAUCCCAGAGACCGCAGACCGCGCACGCCACGCACUCCGCGGACACGCAAGACCACUGUUAGGAUGGACCCCGACUGCGCCAUAUGCCAUGCUCCCGCCUCUAUGGCAUGCGACUGUGAGGCCAAAGGGCUCGAUGUUGCCAUAAAACAGGCCGAGCAGCGUAUGAUGCAGUCCAUAUACAACGACAUUCGGAGCUGGGUCCGGGCCCAUGCCCAAGACUACAUCUUGGAGUAUUUCCGGCUUCUCACAGAGCGCCGAAAAGUAGCUCACGCCGCCAAUAUCGAUCGUAUCAACGCCACUGCGUACCACUAUUAUCACGCGCCGCCCCAUCCCACCGAACUCGCCCAGGCACAAGCAGACCUGAAGCGCGGCAUCGACGAGGACUGGCAAUCCAGCGUCCAACGAUACCCCGAGGUCUUGGAAUAUUUCUUCAGUCUAGUCGAUCUUAGCCUGCCUCCCGACGAUGAUCCUAUUGUCAAGGACCCUCCUCUCAGCGCCCUCAGUGGCUCAAGAAAAUCAACCGGAAGAAGGCUCGCAGGCGGCGGGGGACCGCCGCCGCCACCAGGAAGACCACAGGCCAUCACUGCUCCUAGUGGCCACGACAGAGAUCCAUUCUCAAGGAGGACGCCGCCUCCCAUCGAUGCGUCCAGCAGGAGAACGCCAGGCUUGGGAGGUAGAGACAGGAGAUCCAUGCCUCCUCCCAUGGGGCAUCCAGGACCACCCCCGGGUCCGUUCGGACGGACGGCACCUCCACCACCCGGGUACUAUCCUUGGGGCUCAUAA